CAUCUGUUGGUCAGUUGUUACUUGUUCAGUUUAGAGAAAGUGACACUUGCUGCAGAAAUAGAUGUGGAAAACAAGAAUAAAAUGUCGGGAAAACAUCUCAACCAACAAGAUCUUCAACUGGUGGUCUUAGGUCCAAUUGAGUCAGCAAAGACAUCUGUAAUAACCACUGUGCUUGGUCAGAGGACAGAGUAUGAGUCAGGAAAAAAGACGGGUGACUGUGUGAAGAGAGAGGGGCAGGUUGGUGGCAGAAAACUCACCUUCAUUGAUACCCCAGGCUGGGUGGGGUAUUUUCCCUCAACUGACACAGCAGAGGUUAUCAAGCAUAAGAUUGUGCUGAGUGUGUAUAUGUGUCGACCAGGACUUCAUGCCUUCAUUCUGGUAGUUGGCACUAAUAACCCAUUUACUGAGAAGAACAGGAGGUCUAUAGAGGAGCACUUGGGACUCUUUGGGGACAAAGUUUGGGAUCACACAAUAGUGGUAUUCGCUAGAGGAGAACCUCUGGAGAGUAAAAGCAUAGAGCAGCACAUUGAGAGUGAGGGAGAGGCUCUGAAGUGGGUGGUAGAGAAAUGUGGGAACAGGUGUCACAUGUUUAACAUGGACAGUACAACAGAAGGUUGCAAUGAGGUGAAUAAGCUACUAGAACAAAUUGAUAUUCUAGCAAAGACUAGAAACAGUUGUUUUGAGCUCGAUGAGAAAAUACUGAGGGAAGUUGAAGAGAAGAGGAACACUUACAGGGAGAGAGCACAGCAGAGAUUUCAGAAGGUUCAGAUCCAAAGAGAAAUACUACAGAAAUAUGAUGUCAGACUAUCAGAACUCAAGAUUAUUCUAUUGGGGUGGUUGUUCUCUGGGAAAACAUCUGCAAAGAAUACAAUAUUGUGCCGUGUGAAACAUACAAAGAGAACUAGAACAUAUCAGUCUGAGGGUAAAUCUGGAGAAGUUUCUGGAAGACGAGUCUCUGUGGUGGAUACCCCUGGCUGGUGGAAGUACUUACCUGCCAAAUGCACUCCAGAAUGGGUGAAGACAGAGUUACAGAGAGGGCUGACGCUUGAUUCCAAAGCUCCUCAUGCCAUUCUUCUAGCUGUUCCAGCAGACACAACCUUCUCUGAGGAACAGAGGAAAAUCACUGAAGACAAUAUGAAGAUGUUUGGUGACCAGGUCUGGAGACACACCAUGGUGCUGUUCACAUGUGGUGAUCUGUUGGGAGACACAAGCAUUGAGGAGCACAUUGAGGGUGAAGGGGAACCUUUGCGAUGGCUUGUGGAGAAAUGUGGGAAUAGGUACCACGUCCAGAGUUGGUAUGACAAAGAAGAUGAAGUCAUGAAGCUGCUGAGGAAGAUUGAGGAAAUGAUGGCCAGUCUCUGUUUGUUUAGGCCAGAACCUGAAUCACAAACAUGUAUUGAUAAAAAGACCACUGAAGAUCUGAUAGAAGUGCCAAAUGAGAUGGUGCAUUUCUUAGACCAGAAAUGGCAGAAAAUGGAUAGAGAAUUAGAGGAGAAGAUUGUGACCAUCUGCGGUGAAUUCACACCAAAGCUGAAAGGAAGUAUGGAUAAUCCUGGAACAAUAUUCAGAGACGAUCACUCAUCCUCUGAGGAAACUUCAGGAGAAGGCACCUGUUCACCGAGGCCAUCUGAAUCCAAACUGCCCAUCAAGAAAUCUAUUAUUAAUGCUGCCACAGGGCUUGAAGACCAAGAGCCAGCCAGCGAGAAACCUGCUGGUCAGAUGGAGAGAAUGAAAGAGAUGUUGGAGAGGGAGUGGGGGAGACGGGAGUUUGGCGUCACACAGAGAUUUCAGCAUCAGAUAUCAGAGCUAAAAGAAUUUGGGUCUGAAGCUGAUGUGCAUGACCUUAACCGAUCAUACAGAAAAGUCGUCUGGUGGAUGCAUCAUCGAUCAUCAGGAAUUGCCUCAGACCUACCUGUAGAUGACUUAGAGGAAUUUCACACAGAGGAAAUGGGUGUAAAUGAAUGAAUUGUAGUCCUAUCUAAGGGACAAAAAAUAUAUAUCAUGACCACCGCUAGUUUGUUGUUUGUUAGUAAAGUUUUUUAUUUGUUUGUUUUGUCAUCGUUUUAUGUGUGUGUGUGGGGGGGGUGCACGCAGCACCUGAAAAUAGUCCCCUCAGCCGUUUCAUUUUCCGUCUUAUUACUGGAUGAACUAAAGUAAAAAUCAAUUGUUUAACUCGAGGGGAGAUGGAAAAUGAGCGUAAUUCCCCAAAUUGUGGAAUAUUUAACUUGCAUUCAAUUUGACUAAAUUAUUUGCAUAAUUUAUUGUAUUCAUAAUAAACUCUUAAUUCCCUAAAUUAUAACUUAUAAAUGUAAUCAUUCCUAUAUUGUAAGAACCUGUAAAUAUCAUUGAUAUAAUUUGGUCUUACAGUAGAUAAAAUGUAAACUUAAUUACUGUUGUAAUUUGUUGUAAUUUUGCUAAGAACAAAUCACUGUCGUUUUACUGUUGUCAUGUUUUGUUAAAAACAAAUUUGGCAGCGUUUUUUAUUUGUCCAUUUGAUUAAAUGUAAAACAGAAUAAACUGUCAGAAAUGGUAACAA